CUGCAUUAUGCCUGGAUAUCAAGUGUUUAUAGGACAUCUCGCAAACACAGUAACGAGGGAGGAUCUCGACCUAUUAUUUCGAUAUUAUGGCAAGAUUCUCGACAUUCAAAUAAGGCCUAAUUACGCGUUCGUUGAAUUUCAGGACAAGGAGGAUGCGCAAGAUGCUGUGUAUGACUUUAACGGACUUUUGUUCUUUGACCACAGAUUGGAUAUUCGAUACCGAGGAAGUAUGCGUACGGAAAUUCGAACUAAAGAAACGCGUCGAGUGAUUGUAAAGAAUCUAUCUACAAGCACCACGUGGCAGGAGUUAAAGGCAUUUAUACAAUCGACUGGUUAUAGUGCUACGUUUGCUGCUAUCUUUAUGGAUCGUUACGGUGAAGGUGUUGUUGAGUUUCGUGAUCAUAAUGAUGCACAAGAUGUAGUAGCAAGAUUGAAUAACACAGAGUUUAAUGGUCGUCCUGUUCGUCUUAAACUGGGAAAGAUGAGAAUUAGACCUGAUAUGACAAUGGAAAGAAAAGUGCGUCGUUCUGAUUCUUUUGGGGAUUCUAAAUCGGACAAUGCUGCUACAGAAAGCCCACGCAAGCGUAAAAAAGAAGAUACUUCUGACAAGGAGUGAUCUUUUUAUUAUUAUUUGAAUAAAAACAAUGGCAGCUAUUUUUACAUGUGAGCGGGAAUAAACGCGUCUCCGAGAGAUCGACAGACAGAGGGCCUAGACUUGAAAAAAACAUAAAACACUUUUUAUGUAACAAAGGGAACAAAACAACAGAAAGGGGGGUGAUGACUGUCAUCAUCACCCCUUCUCCCCUUUCCCCCCCCCCCCUUUAUUCUUUGCCAAGAUUUAUGUUGUCAUUGGCUUAUUUCGAACGUAAAAUAUAAUAUAAAAUGUUACCAAGCUUUAAUGA